GCUGUGUGCGAGUGGUCAGCAGCGAGAGAAAGUGUGUUUCAGUGGCAGCUGCAGUGUGAGUGUGCUUCCUGUGAGCCGACAGCGGGAGUUUGUCACUUCUCUUUGUAAACUGCACGAUUUCAGCUCUGCAGGGAGAACGACACGUACAUGUUCUUUUAUCAUGGAGGCUGCGGCCAAGUAUGACUAUGAAGCUGCAGCUGAUGACGAACUCAGCUUCAGAAAGGGAGAGCGAUUAAAGAUUCUGCAGACCACUGGAAACUGGUACAAAGCAGAACUCGAUGGAUCUGUGGGGUUUGUACCCAAGAACUUCAUCGACCUUCAUCUGCCCAGCUGGUACCAGGAGGACUUCAGUCGCAGCGACGCCCAGGAGAAGCUGAUGCAACAGCCCGUGGGGGCCUUCCUCAUACGGGGCAGCCAAACUGCGGCUCAGGGUGACUUCUCCAUCUCUGUCAGACAUACAGCAGAUGUGCAGCACUUCAAAGUGCUGCGGGACACCAGAGGGCAGUAUUACCUCUGGUCAGAGAAGUUCCCUUCUCUCAACCAGCUGGUGGAAUAUUACAAAAGCACGUCUAUCUCCAAACAGAGUAAAGUAUUCCUGCAAGAGAUGCAUCAGCAGCAAAGAGGAGGCUCAGACAGACCGCCGCUCCCUGCUCCUCUCCGCGCUCCUCGACUCCCCAACUGUUCACCUUCACCUGCACCACGACAGCACAAAGCCUCCCCCAAGCUGCAGGUCAGAGCUUUAUACAGUUUCCAGGCUGAAGAGAUGGACGAGCUGCAGUUCAACGCCGGUGAUAUCAUCAACAUUUUGGAGUGCUCCGAUGAGGCCUGGUGGAAGGGCGAGCUGAGGGGCAAAACGGGCCUGUUCCCGUCCAACUACACCAAACCCAUCUGAGAGGAGCACACAGGCUGAUACAUGUAAUCUUAUAAUAACUUUGUAUUAAAAUGUAUGUCUUAUGCUAAUUCAUGCAGGUUAGUCCUAACUAACAGUAAGUCACAACCCUAAACGAACAGCAGAGGCCUCUGCGUCUCUCGACAGAAGCUGUCAGCUGUCUAGAAUAAAAAUGAAGACUAACUUGUUUGGUUGAGGCACACACACACA